UAUUGGGCUCAUAUUCAGUCCAUAUGUGCCGUGCCAAGGCUGCUUGACAUGCUUUCCUCUGAAGCCUUAGGACAAUAUGUCACGAAGUGCGUUAAACUGUGUCUGCUUAUGUGUGCAAACGAUCCACCUGUCGUCAUUACGUAUCAAGAUGCGAUUAAAAGUGUCAAUUCGACACAAAGCGAAGAAAUAUCAGUAAACAAAGAGAAACCAAUCAACGCAGAGAUCACAAACAAAGACGCGAAACAGAUCGGACGAGAGCAAAUCAUGGAAGGCCAAGAAAUCGGUACAGUUGGAUUGACAGGUACAGCAUUUCAAAACAAUCUUGACGAAUCAUACAACGAAGAACAAUCACACUGUGCUGAGGAAAUGAACCCAAAACACAAGCUGGACCCUCGCGGCGAGCCUAAUAGGGACGGCCUUGACACAAAUGAGGAACUCAGAGAAAUUGGGAAAUUUUCGGUUGUGCAUGGACACUUCCAACGACGAUCAUUUGAUAGGAAUGUGUUUAAAGAGUACACGAGACGAGGUGCGUUCAUCGAUUUUAUCGUCUGGCCGGUGAUAUACCUGCACCAGGGAGGUCCCAUGCUGGGAAAGGGUGUGGCGCAGGGGACACGGGAGGCAGUGUUCAGUGGGCAGAAACAAUGGACAUGGAAGGAAACUGAAUAAGACUUACGAAUGAGUAUAGCACAACAUGCAUGAACUUUCUACCUAUGCUAUAUUCGUAAAUAAACAUCUGUUCAUGU